GCCCGGAGCCAGCGCUCAGUGGCGGUAGGGGCGGGGAAGCAGCGACGGGCCCUGCCAGCUGGGUCCCCUCUAGGUGGCCGGGUGGACUGGCCGCCGCAGGACCCCGCUGGGCAGUCCGACAGAUUUAAGCCUCUCCAGAGUCUGGAGAAAAUGGCAGAGACAACACCAGAGCCUUCUGGGCAGCUUGUUGUGCACUCAGACACUCACAGCGACACUGUCCUGGCUAGCCUUGAGGACCAGCGGAAAAGAGGCUUUCUUUGUGAUAUUACUUUAAUCGUGGAGAAUGUGCAUUUCCGAGCCCACAAAGCCUUACUUGCUGCCAGCAGCGAGUAUUUCUCGAUGAUGUUUGCAGAAGAGGGCGAGAUUGGCCAGUCCAUUUAUAUGUUGGAAGGCAUGGUUGCAGACAUCUUUGGGAUCCUGCUGGAAUUUAUCUAUACAGGUUAUCUACAUGCCAGCGAGAAAACUACAGAACAGAUCCUGGCUACUGCACAGUUCUUAAAAGUCUAUGAUCUAAUAAAGGCUUACACAGACUUCCAGACUAGCCAUAGCACCUCAAAGCCACCGGCUCUGAAUGGCACUGGUACUCCAGUAGUUGUUAUUUCUAAUAAGAAGAAUGAUCCUCUAAAACGGAAACGGGGAAGACCCAGAAAAGGCCAUAGUGUGCAGGAGGGGAAAUCAGAACUAGCUGCAGAGGAAGAAAUGCAGCUAAGAGUGAACAAUUCAGUUCAGAACAGACAAAACUUUGUGGUUAAAGAAGGGGACGGCGUGGAACUGAGUGGACAAGUGCCAAAAGACAAGGAACCUGAGCCCGCUGGGGAGCCAGGAAGAGUGGACGAGACCGAAAAGGACGAGAACUGUGACCCCAAGGCUCGGGAUGGGCAGGAUAGCCUGAGUAGGUACAGCAAGCGAAGGAUUCGGAGGUCUGUCAAGCUUAGAGAUUACAAACUCAUUGGAGAUGAAGAUGACCAGUGUUCCGCCAAGAGGAUAUGUGGAAAGAAAAAGCGUGCCAGUGGUCCUGAGGCCCAGUGUAAAGACUGUGGCAAAGUCUUUAAGUAUAGUCACUUCUUAGCAAUCCACCAGAGACGACACACUGGGGAACGACCCUUCAAAUGUAAUGCGUGUGGGAAGGGCUUUGCCCAGAAGCACUCCUUGCAGGUCCACACCAGGAUGCAUACAGGGGAGCGGCCGUACACCUGCACCGUGUGCAGCAAGGCGCUGACCACCAAGCACUCGCUGCUGGAGCACAUGAGCCUGCACUCAGGGCAGAAGUCUUUUACCUGUGAUCAGUGUGGAAAAUACUUCAGCCAGAAAAGACAGCUAAAGAGCCAUUAUCGAGUCCAUACAGGCCACUCACUACCAGAAUGCAGCCACUGCCAUCGAAAAUUCAUGGAUGUGUCUCAGCUAAAGAAACAUCUGCGAACACACACAGGGGAGAAGCCAUUUACUUGUGAAAUCUGUGGGAAGUCUUUCACAGCAAAGAGUUCCCUUCAGACCCACAUCAGAAUCCACCGAGGAGAAAAGCCGUACGCCUGCAGCAUCUGUGGCAAGUCCUUCUCUGACUCCAGUGCCAAGAGGAGACACUGCAUCCUACAUACAGGCAAAAAGCCUUUCUCCUGCCCCGAGUGUAGCUUACAGUUUGCUCGCUUAGACAAUCUGAAGGCUCACUUGAAAAUUCACAGCAAAGAGAAACACACAUCGGAUUCCAGCAGCGUUUCAGGCAGUAAUGCUGACGAGGUCCGGAACAUUCUUCAACUACAGCCAUACCAGCUCUCUACCUCAGGAGAGCAGGAGAUUCAGCUUCUUGUAACUGAUUCUGUGCAUAACAUUAACUUCAUGCCAGGCCCCAACCAGGGGGUCAGCAUCGUGGCUGCUGAGAGCUCCCAGAGCAUGGCCACAGACCCAGCCGCUAACCUUGCCCUGCUCACACAGCAGCCCGAGCAGCUGCAGAGCCUUAUUCUUUCUGCUCAGCCGGAGCAAACAGAGCACAUUCAGAGCCUCAGUAUGAUUGGAAGCCAGAUGGAGGCCUCGCAGCCGGAGCCAGUGCAAUUAAUCACACUUUCCAAGGAAACACUGGCCCUGGCUCAUCUGCAUGCCCACCAAGGGCAAACAGAGGCUCUCCGCUUGGCAGCAGGUGCUUCCGAUCCCACUCAGCACCUGCAGCUGACGCAGGAGCCUGAUCCACCCCUACCCACUCCACUAGGCCAGGAGCAGAGCUGACCCGAACAUGACUGGCCAUUCCACUAGACACCCCUUGGGCCACCAUCGUACAGAUCCUUAAAGAUGUGACAGCUAGCCAACAGAUUAUUUAUAAUGGACUCCACCGGGUCAGAAUCUGUGUGUCGGCAUGUGUGCACAAUCUGUCUUAAUCUAUAAUACCAAUUCAUAUUUGGCAUUUAAAUAUUGAUGAGGGGGUUCCACUUUCAUCUACUACGUCUCUUAAAGAUGGGUAGUUUUUCUUGGGUGCAUCGAUUUAGACUUUUCUCUAAGUGUUGGAUGUUCACAAAAAGUCAUAUGUAGGUUGAAUCUUUGAGUAUGGUGGUUGGUUCCAUUCCGUUAUUUCUCUUAUGCAGUAUACUUGCCAGUUCAAAACAAGUCAGGACUGACUUGUACCUGAUUACAGCAAGCAGGAGAUUUCCCCUCCGGUAAUUCUUAAAUAGCACCUCUUAAAUUUUAUCUUUGUGUGCUACAGUGGACUAAUCCUGUUGCACUGAAGGUAGAUUGAGAUUUGAAAAGCAUACUCAUAAUAUGAAAGCCAAAUGCCCUUUUCAUUUUUUUUUUUUCGACACAGGGUUGCUCUGUGUAACAGCUCUAGCUGUCUGGGACUCAUUUUGUAGACAAGGCUGACCUCAAACUCAUAGAGAUCCGCCAGUCUGUGCCUCCUAAGUGCUGGGAUUAAAGGCGUGUGCCAUUACCACCUGGCACAAAGUAUAAUUUUAAAAUUUUUGAGUUCAACUUUUCUGCAAAACAUGAAUUUAUACAUUUUUUUAAAGAAGCAGGCUGUUAAAUUUUUAAUUAAAAAGUCUUCAAGGUAUGAAAUUAAAUCAAGAUAUUCCUCCAAAUAAACCAGAGUUUAUCAGAUAAUGACUUGAUGUUCAUGAAAAAGGAUUCUUAAUUACCUGGAACUUAAAAGUUCAUUCAAUAUAAAUCUUUAUUAUAUUACUAAACUCUCUUGAUCUCAAAAUACUGAUUUAUAUGUUCAAUCUUAGAACUUCCUAGAGGUGUAAGUGUGUAGUAAUCUAUUUUUAUUGAAGUCUAGGUGAAACUCCAACACACCAUUCAAUCUUGAGCCUCAGGGUGGAGUAGCAGCCUGUGCCUAUGAUUGUGAGUCUUUCAAAUCUUCACCGAAGGUUAAGUUAUGUUUGGGUUGUUUUCAAGAUCACUUCAUUCAAUUGAAUUCUUUGUUAUGUCUGAGACAGAGACAGGGUCUUGGUAACACAAUAAGGGUAGGAAGUGUGUUCAAAACCAACAUCUGCUUCAUGUCAGCUCUUUUCUUAUCUUACUGCUCCUAUUCCCACUGAAAUCCAGUGGGUUUUUUGCAUACUGGAAUUUUACAGAAGUAGACAAUUCUUCGGGUUACAGAUAAGAGCUAAGUAUUUUUGUUGCAUAUUUACCAAGUUGUAUUUUACUAUACAAAAUUUACAAAUUGAGUUACCAAGGUGAUAGGUAGGUAGGUAUCAGUUAAAGUAAUAUGAGACUGGACUUGACGAUAGCAGACUUUUUACAAACACUGUUUUAGUAUUUUAGAUUCUUGAUUUAGUCAUUUAAACACUACUCAUUGUGCGUAUGUGUGAGUGCGCGUUAUGUGUGUGUGCAUGUGUGGAGGCUACAGGAGGCCAUUGGAUAUCCUGGCGUAUCAUAUUACUCUUCCGUAUUCCCCUGAGACGGGAAUCUGGAAGCUGGUGUCCAGCAAGCCUACAGCUGUCCUCCUGUCUCUACCUCACAGCAUUGGGCUACAAGCACACGUGGCCAUUUCCUGGAUUUUGACUUGAGUGCUGGGAUCUAAUCUCCAGUCCUUACAUUUGCACAGCAAGUACUCUUACUCACUGAGUAUCUCUCUAGCCCCUGUUUAUUCUUAAAACACAAAGUCUUUAUGUUCUUUUCAAAACCUCCUAAUAUUCAUUUUCCCCAGAAUUCUACAUUGUAUUAAAGUAAAUUAAUUUUUUCUCACUCUAGACAGCAUGGUUGUAUAGCUAUUGGUUUGGCUUUGGUGCUGGACUCAGCCCAUACAAGUGAAGUUUAAUUUACUUUAUAACAGUCUACCUCUGCACUAAGAAAUAUACCAUGAGUUAGGCCUGGUGGUGCAGGCCUGUGAUCCCCAGGGACCGAAGUGGAGACAGGAGGACCUUGAGUUUAAGGCUAGCCUGAGCUACUUAAACCCUGUAAAAGAAAACAAAGUCUAGGGGUGUAGGUCAAUGGUACAGUGUGUUCCUGGCGUGCACAAGACUGGGUUCAGUCCUCAGCACUGGGAGAAAAAAUAGGUACAAGACAUUUAAAAUAUUCAAAAGCCGCAUGUAACAAUCGUGAAAUUAAUCUUAACAAAGUUAUUUAAUCUGCUGUCCUGGUCAGCCUUAAUUGUCAGCACAGCCUAUUCUGAGUCAUAUGAGAGAAGCAAUUGGGGGGUUGCCUAGCUCAAGUUGGUCUGUGGACAUACCUGUGAUGAACUGUCUUGAUCGUUAACGGAUGCACGAAGGCCCAGCCCACUGUGGGCAGCACCGCCCCUCAAGGGAAACUGGUGGUCCCGGGCUAUAUUGAAAAGCUAGUUAAGCGUGAGCCUGUGAGUCACUGAACAAGCCCGGGAGCCACAUUCCUCCAUGGCUCCUUCCUUGAGUGCCUGCCUGCCUUCCCUCAGUGAUGGAUCAUGACUUAAAAGUAAAAGCCAGAUAAACCCUUUCUUCUCCCAAGUUACAGGAUUCAACUAGAAUACUUACUGCCAGAUAUUUCAACAUGUAAUUAAUAUUAAAGUGUAUUAAUCAGAGUUUA